AUGCUCUUUGGAUUGGCAGGGAUUGGGAAGAUUCAUGAGGCUUGGAGUUUGUUGAAUGCAAUGCCAGAGAAGAAUAUUAUUUCUUGGAAUUUAAUGAUUGUUGGGUUGGUUAGGAAUGGUGAUUUGGAAACAACAAGACUUCAGGAGGCACGUAAACUGUUUGAGAAAUUGUCUGGGAAAGAUGGUGGUGUUGUUCAUUGGACUACAUUGCUUAUGAGAUACACCAAAAGUAGAUGUGUCAAUGACGCUCAGAUGCUCUUUGAGAUCAUGCCUGAGAGGAACAUUAAGGUUUGCCUGAAGCUUGCCAAUUCUUUUGAGGAGAUGCCAGAGAGGAAUGCUGUGUCGUGGAGUUCAAUGCUCUUUGGAUUAGUAGGGGUUAAGAAGAUUCAUGAGGCUUGGAGUUUGUUGAAUGCAAUGCCAGAGAAGAAUAUUAUUUCUUGGAAUUUAAUGAUUGCUGGGUUGGUUAGGAAUGAACACAUAUGCGUUGUCACUACCCAUUACUCUAAAGUCACUUGCGAUGAUUUAUGGCUCCUUCCAUUCCUUUCUCAACAUAGACUUCAGGAGGCACAUAAACUGCUUGAGAAAUUGUCUGAGAAAAAUGGUGGUGUUGUUCAUUGGACUUCAUUGCUCAUGAGAUACACCAAAAGUGGAUGUGUCAAUGAGGCUCGGAUGCUCUUUGAGAUCAUGCCUCAAAGGAACAUUGUUACUUACAAUGCUAUGUUGUCUGGGGUUGGGAAGAUUCAUGAGGCUUGGAGUUUGUUGAAUGUAAUGCCAGAGAAGAAUAUUGUUUCUUGGAAUUUAAUGAUUGCUGGGUUGGUUAAGAAUGAAAGAGAUGGUAGUAUUGUUCAUUGGACUUCAUUGCUUAUGAGAUACACCAAAAGUGGAUGUCUCAAUGAGGCUCGGAUGCUCUUUGAGAUCAUGCUUGAGACGAAUACUGUUACUUACAAUGCUAUGUUGUCUGGUGUAUGUGCAAUCUGGGAGGUUUUUCUGAAGGUUGCCAAUUCUUUUGAGGAGAUGCCAAAGAGGAAUGCUAUGUCAUGGAGUUCAAUGCUCUUUGGAUUGGCAGGGGUUGGGAAGAUUCAUGAGGCUUGGAGUUUGUUGAAUGUAAUGUCAAAGAAGAAUAUUGUUUCUUGGAAUUUAAUGAUUGCUAGACUUCAGGAGGCACAUAAACUACUUGAGAAAUUGUUUGAGAGAGAUGGUGGUGUUGUUCGUUGGACUUCAUUGCUCACGAGAUACACCAAAAGUGGAUGUGUCGAUGAGGCUCGGAUACUCUUUGAUAUCAUGCCUGAGAGGAAUAUUGUUACUUACAGUGCUAUGUUAUCUGGUGUAUGUGCAAUCUGGGAGGUUUGUAUGAAGCUUGCCAAUUCUUUUGAGAAGAUGUCAGAGAGGAAUGCUGUGUCGUGGAAUUCAAUGCUCUUUAGAUUGGUAGGGGUUGGAACGAUUCAUGCGACUUGGAGUUUGUUGAAUGCAAUGCUAGAGAAUAAUAUUGUUUCUUGGAAUUUAAUGAUUGCUGGGUUGGUUAGAAAUGGUGAUUUAGAAACAAUAAGGCGGGUUCUUGUCCAAUGA